AUGCAGCCGUCCUACGAUGCCGACGACUUCAUGCGUCGCGGAUUCUUCGGCUCUAUUAUCGGAUUCCGGAAACGGUCCUCCAGCAAGACUGGUUAGUUUUUUAUUAUUGAUUUUUGCUCCCAAAUUAACACCGACCUCACACUGUCCGCUGACUUUAUCAGCAUUUUUCUGAAAUUGUUACCAAAUUGCACGUAAUUUGUGCAAUUUUCCGUAUGAAAUAGGGAGGGUACGUUCGCAUUGUGACUACUAGUCAGAAAAAGAUUCAUAACUUGAAAAGCACACAUUUUCAGACAAAAUGAUCAAUUACAAAGUUGUUUGGCACGAAAUUUACAACACUUUUUCAGUUGACCACUUUUUGAAAUAUUGUCCGGUUCUCGAGAUAUAGUCCUUCAAAGAUAGUGCGACUUUUGACAAUGCUUCGGAGCCCGAUUUUCAUACUUUUUUCAAAUCUGCACACAGUUUGGAUUGUAAAAUGUCAAAGAUGACCUCUGGGACGGGAAAAAGACAAUAGUAGUGACCACCUGAGCGACCUUGGCGCCGAAUCAAAGAAAAAAACCGAUUGGCAGUUCAGUUCGCAUGUAUUCCUAGCAUUAUAAUGGACCAAAAUCAACCACUUUUUCCAAACCAAAAAGUGUUUCCAUUUUCAAAAGAGGGAAACUCGAUACUCCUUCAAAUACAUAAACAUUAGGCGCCUAUUGAACAAUUGAACAGAUUUUUUCGGGGUAGCCUGUUACUAUCAGUUACGAGUUUUUGAACAUUUCUGGUUUUCCCAACAAAAAUUCUCGUAAGACUUCCAGACGUUUUCCAAAAUGUCACUAUCGGUGUUCCCGACGAUCAUGCGGCGUGUGUAGCGCCAAGAAAUCGGCGUCUCCACCGCCGACGCACUGAUUCGCUCCCUCUCUCUCUUCUUCUUCUUCUUCUUCUUCCCCUCACAAAUUUCGAAGUCAACAUGAGAGAGAGAGAGAGAGAGAGAGAGAGAGACGGGGCAAUACCAACAAAUUGCGUCAUAUUAUGGCCCUGUCUCUCUCUCUCUCUCUCUCUCUUUCUAAUCUUUCCACCGAUGACUACUCACCUUUUCCCGUCAAACAUCGGCUUUUUUUCCACUUUCAGAGCCCGGACCCCCAGCCCAUCAACCGAAAUUCGCGCCCGGUCCGGUGCCCGUUCUUCCUGGUCCCGGUCCCGUUCACCUAGACCCUCACCACCUCCAUCCGCAGUUUAUCGGACCGCCGCAGAACCGAACCGAGUACGAAAUCUAUCGAGAAAUCGUCUCCGAGGCCGAGUACAUUCAGGAACGAUCGCCACUGGUGAGUUUUUUGGAUAUUGUAGCGUUCGGAGAAGUUCCGCCGGUGUCAACUUUUUUUUGUAGACAAAUCUUGAAUAGUACUGUGUUUUUGUUGUUGAUCACUUUUUUCUAGGACCACUUUAUAGAGUACUGUAGCCUCUGGAACUUGAGAUAGCUUUAAAAUGGUGAAAUAGUGUUCCAAGUUCCAAGAGCUACAGUACUCCAGGAAUAGGUCGUAGUGAAAAGUGAUCAACUACCGAAAUACAGUACUAGAUGCCGAAAUUUUAGGGAAAACACUUUCAAGACAAUAGAACACCUUCUAGAGCAACAGUAGGCUCGCAAAGUUGAUCAAGCUAUUGGGACUAUAAAAUGUGAACAAAACAUUGACCAUUUCCAGACGAGCCCCGACUUUUCGUGUCCGACGACACCUCAACCGUCCUACAACCCGUACCCCGGUCCCCAACAACAUCUACCGCCUCACUUCGACCCCAAUCUGCUUAUGCAUCAGCCCCAGGAAAUGAUGCCCCAUGCGAUUCCGCAUCCAUCUCAGUACCACAUGGUUAUGAGUCCGCACGCUCCACACCCGAUCCCUGUGGAUACGAACGGAGUGCCGCUCGGAACCCGUAAGUCGGGGAAAUGGAUCCAAGUUUCAGACCUGGUCCGAUAGGUAAAGCCUCGUCCUAAUAGUUUGGAUCAAAGACCGAAGACGGUCGGAUUGCAUCAUUGUUGACUGACCAUUUCUCUCUCUCUCUCUCUUUCUCUCCGUCUUCUUCUUCUCAACUAUUAGUAACCCUACAAUAUUUGCCCCGCUGACUCACCUAUUCCUCGUUCAUUUUUGAGAGUGUCCGAUGGCUCCGCCGCCGUACAGCUCCUUCGCCCCGCAGUCCUCCGCGGCCCAAAUGCCGCCGAUGCCCCAACAAAUGGCCGCGAUUCCGUUCGAUGUGAAGAGGGAAAUUCAGGAGCACAUGAUGGUUCGUUUAACACCGAAAAAACAGAAAAAACAACAGAAAUGUUGCAGGUGCAAAACGGCAAGCAACAAAUGUCGAUCGAGGAGAUCGUCAAACUGGUGGUGGUGGCGCUCAAGGACUCGCAGAUCGAAGAGUCGCGCGAGGAAGAGUCGCCUGAGGAGAUCCUCCGUCGCAAGCGGAUCCAGAACAAUUUGGCGGCGGCGAGGUACCGUAAGCGGCAGCGGGAGGCCCGCGAGUGCGCCGAACAGGAACUCGGCGAGCUCACGAGACGCAACGACGAGCUGCGCGAGCAAGUCGGACGCAUGGAGAUGGAGAUCGGCGCAUUGAAGAGGGCCGUUCUCGAGAGACAAUGA